AUUGAAUCUCCAUGGAUGCCUACGACCGGAGCAGAGAACACCUACUCGACGCAGUUACAAUCUCCACUAUUCCACAUACCUCGAGAACUUCGCGACGAAAUCUACGAACGCUAUGCAGAUGCCAGGCGAUCGUACGACUACAACAAGGAGACGAAUCAGUUGCACUAUAUAGAUGAGUGUGCGCGAACAGAGAAUCUCGGGCUGAUGGUGACUUGUAAGAUCGCCGCCGAAGAGAUGAAACAAGUCGCUUUCCAGAAAGCCGAGUUUAGUACACGGUGCUCUGCGUACGACAUUCCGGAAUUCAUGGGGCUACGCUCAAAGGCGGCUCGACUCCACUACAUCGGCGCAAAAAGUCGCAAUCUUGAGAAGUUUGCGCGGCUGACGAGCAGAGUUUUCGGCAAAGGACUGUGUCCCAUCGGGAAUUCCGUGGGAGACCAUGACCAGCACAAUCUCUUCUACGACGGAUCGCUGAGUGAAGUACUUUCAUGGACAUCUGACUCAUGGCGGAUACUGGGAGAGGAGUACAUAUCGCGGUUGGAAGCUCUGCUCUGUCAGAUUCAGGUUCCACCUUGCGAGCCACCUCAACCCAUGUGUUCUGACCUCGACCACCAAUUUAUGAGGAACACGAGGUGCUACUUCUCUGCUGCAGCUGUAGCGAAUGAUUACUUACACGGACUUCCGCCAAAGCAGUGGUGCAAUCUUCGCAAACUCGUCUUGAAAGAAGAUCGCAUGUCUCUGCUUGGUCCUGCCUGUCAUGUGCGAGGACUGAUACCGUUCUGCAAUAGCAACCCGGCUCUUCGCGUUGAACGUCAUAUUGCGCUCUUGAGCAACGUGCUUCCGCAAGGAUACUACCUAGGCAGUAUGAAUCCAUACAUACUGGGUUCUAGCUUCGUCUUUCCUUUCAUUCCGUGGAUCAAGGAGACUCUGUCGCUAUCCACAUAUGACAUGCCCCCCAACGCGUUUCAACUCAUCAUAGACGGAAGUACGAAGGAAGCGAUCCAUUCUUUUGAGCUCAUCAAGUAUGCUGCAGCUAUACAGGAAGCUAUGUUGAUGCAAGCGCAACUCAAUGGCGUGCAACCUACGACCUGGCUCCAAGAUCCCCGCACAUACGACAGGUUCCCAUUGCCGUGGCACUUGCCAGCAGAUUUCCCUGAAACGGUUCGCAGUAUAAAAAACGACACAUCGAACAUAAGAUUCAUGGGACCUGUAGGUAGUUUAUGGGAUCCUGACACCAUGUUUGUUGAGAGGAAAGACUGGGUGGAGACAGAUUGGUUGAAGGAGUGGGAUGACAAGAUUGGGCUUGGCGCUGUAGAUUCUACCUUCUACCAGGAUGUCAAAGCUUGGUACGAGCUCUAG